AGCAGGGCGGGCGCAUCUCAACUAGUUGAACAUGCAACUUUUAGGGAGGCAAACAAUUGGCCCCAGUGGUAGUUUCAGUCGUGCAUCCAUGGUGGAUACUCCCCAACAGGAAACAACGUCCAGUACGUUUGAAGGCGCCUUUCACUCUGGUUGGCAUGCAUAUCGCUCCCAUGUGUUUGGAGUAAACCCGGUGUGCACUGUCGCUGCUCCUGCCUCUUGUUCCAGACUAAUUUAAGACAGCACUUUCAACUUUGAGUUCAGUGUUGUGUUAGGUGCGCUGUCUACUCUACGGAGCCUGAGUUUAACCGUAAAACUACACCUCCAAAACGGCGUUUUUGGGGUACUUUAUGUUCAUCCAGAGGACUGUAAACAGGAUUUUACAAUGGAUACAGCCAGCCACUCUAUCGGGGAAAGUAAGCCUGUGUGUGAGUUUGCGCCCAAGUCUUCGGUGCAGCGGUGGCUUCCAGGUUUUCCCAUCGCUCUGUGCCUGCUGCUGUCUAUGAGCUCCAUCACCGUGUGUCUUCUGAUGAGCCUCAAGACCUUCCAGCUGGAGAGCCGAAUGCAGAUGCAGAUGGACAAAGCCUCCAUCUUCCAGCCGCACAGGGCUUGUCUAAACGAGGAUGGGACCCUAACUCCAGAGCUGAGCUCAUCAGUAGGGAAAUUCGUGGAAGAGAAAGUGGUGGUGCUGUUGCCGAAAUUAAGGACAACUAGGGACGUUGGCCAAGAGUGCUCCUGCCCUCCAGGAAAUCGGCCCCUUCACUUAGGCAGGGCCCAUACUGAGACGGCAGGGUUCUGCACUCAGCAGAUCAGCGGGGUCGGGACGUCCAGCCUCAGCCCUGCCGCCUGA